AUGUGCCUAAACUUUUUUGACAUUAUGCAUAAAAUAACCAAAAUCAGUUCAGUGAAAAGUUUAAAAACGUAUGAGCAGCCUAUAUCUUCCCAAAUUAGUCAAGUCAUGUUUGACCUGCCUGCCCUCAUUCAGAGUUCCUGUCCACAGACAAUAAACUAUAACGUUGUGGGGAAAGGACUCUACGAGCGGCUUUACGAUGACGGGUCAAAUUUUAGCUUGAACCAGUACAUUUACGAUGACGAGGUUUACUACAAGAAGUUUCUCCUGAAUGCCAUCCAAAAUUUGAAGGAUAAUCAGGAAGACAGCGAAUUGCUUAAAUCGCAACGGGAAAUUUACAAAAUAAAAAAAAAAUAUGAAAGCAAGCAUGUGAACAAGGGCAAAAUCACCUCUUUUGACCCCAUUCCCAAAUUAGUGAAUUUCAUGCUGCCGGAACCGCGUGAUAGCAGAAUCGAAAGCACCUACGAUUAUAUGGACAACCCCGAACUUGUGGAAGUCCUUCUAUCAUCCCUGUUUCAAAGUUAA